AGUGAAGGAUUUUCCAGCUUAAGCAAAGUGAAAAAAAUGGGUUUGCGCUUUGCAGAUCUACUUGACAGACUUGCCUCAGAAUUUCCAGAAAUGCGAUUCAGAUACACCUCCCCUCACCCUAAAGAUUUUCCAGAUGCAUUACUAUAUGUCAUGAGAGACAGAUAUAAUAUCUGCAAAAGCAUCCAUUUGCCUGCACAAUCAGGCAACAGUACGGUACUCGAAAGGAUGAGGAGAGGAUACACCCGAGAAGCAUAUUUAGAUCUUGUUAAGAAGAUACGUGCUAUAAUUCCUGAUAUGGGUAUAAGCAGCGAUUUCAUAUGUGGUUUCUGUGGAGAAACAGAGGAGGAUCACAAGGAUACACUGAGUCUCAUUAAGGGUGUCGGCUAUGAUAUGGCAUACAUGUUUGCUUACAGCAUGAGGGAGAAAACCCAUGCCCAGAGAAACUAUGUUGAUGAUGUUUCUGAUGGUAUAAAACAGAGGAGGUUAGCGGAACUUAUUGAAGCUUUCCGGGAGACUACAGGUCAGUUCUAUGACUCCAAAAUUGGCACAGUACAACUUAUUUUAGUCGAGGGGCCCAACAAGAGAGCACCCGACACUGAGCUUAUUGGCAAGAGUGACAGAGGCCAUCGUGUAUCAUUCCCUAAUCUGCCGGUCCCAGAUAGAGUCAACAAUGAUGGGAAGCGGAAUCCAAAGGUUGGCGAUUAUGUGGAAGUUCACAUAUCCAAAUCAACAAGAGCAACUCUCUUUGGAGAAGCUCUCGCCAUCACUAAAUUGAGCUCAUUUUGCGACAAAGUGAAUGAAGAAGAUGUUGCCUGUGUUAGCAAAACUUAAAAAUAUUGUCCGGAUUUUUUCUACAGUUUUUUUUUUUAAUUUAUAAAAUUUAUUUGUAUGUAACUUGUCUUGAUGGAAAUCUGGAUAGAGUUUCUUGCUUCUAGAGGUUGUGUCUUUGACAUCAGGGUCCAUUGGCCGGGUUAUUAUUGUUGUCUUCUACGAUGCAACUUCCCUAUGGCGUGAAAGUAUCCCUCUGGAGUUCAGUUCUGGGGCUGGAGUAAUUGAGACCUGCUGCCUUGUCCGUCUGAUUCCGAGCUCACAUUUGUAACCAAGGUCACCAGUUGCUGCCUGCUCAAAUCUCCUAGCUGAAAAUCAAGGUAUUUGAAUCGUGCACUUUAUCAUGAAUAAUGUUGAUGUUAUGGUCCCUAAUGGCUCGACUCAAGAGGAGUCAAUUAAUCAGACAAGCAAAUGCAGCAAUCUUCCUUUGAUUAGAUCAAAUUUCGUGGCUAUUUUUCCCUCAGUAGCUUUUAAGUACAUGUUUUGUAUGCAGUAAUAUUAAAUUAUGCUCGAUAAUCCUAAUAAUAUAGUGAACCAGAUUUUAGCUGCU